AGUUCAAUUCACUUUAUUUUAUUCAAUUAAUUUUAUCAAUUAACUUAAAAUGCAAUCAAUUUUAUUAAUAACGUUACUAUCAAUAGCCGCAGCCGUGGUCACAGUUACCGCCUCAGCCGAUGACUAUGUUUUUGACUAUAGUGACGAUGACUACCGUUCGGUGGCCAACUCGCGUAACUUUACCGAUAAGGUUGUACUGGUGACCGGUUCGAGUUCUGGCAUCGGUGAGGGUAUUGUCAAACUAUUUUCGGUUUUGGGCGCCCGCGUAGUGGUCACCGGCCGUAAAGAGGCCGACAUUCAUCGUGUGGCUCAAGACUGUCAACGAUUGUCACCCAAUAAACUUAAGCCGUUAGAAGUGGUCGCCGAUCUGACCAAAAGUGCCGAUUUGAGCACAUUGUUGAACGAAACAAUCAAAACGUUUGGCAAACUGGACGUAUUGGUCAACAAUGCGGGCAUAUAUCCAGCGACCACUAUUGAUCAGACAAAUUUACUACAACUAUGGGAUCAGAUCUUCAAUAUUGAUUUGAGAGCCGUUGUCGAGCUUAUCCAUCUGGCCGUUCCCUAUCUGGAAAAAACUAACGGCACCGUAAUCGACAUAUCCAGUAUUUCAUCUCUGGCACCGAUGAUUGAUAAGUUGGCCUACAAUUCAGUCAAAUCCAGCUUAGAUAUGUUGGCCCGAGUGCUGGCACUGGAGUUGGGACCCAAAGGCAUACGUGUGAAUACAUUAAAUCCCGGUGCUGUAAAUGUAAAAUCAUAUACCAGUGAUCUAAGCAACGAUUACAUUAAGGCAACACCAUUGAGACGUAUUGGCCUACCCUUAGAUAUUGCCAAAGGUGUGGCAUUUCUGGCCUCAACUGAUGCCUCAUUUAUUACCGGCGCUAAUCUGGUGGUCGACGGAGGACUGGUCUACAAUAUCGGCGGAUUUAACAUAAAAUAAUAACAAUAAUAAUAAACAGUUUAGUCUA